AUCUGAAUACGAAUAAGUCAAAUAAAUAGCCACCAUAAGAUUAAUGAUUUUAGAGUGGCCAACAUAAUCCAUUCAUUAUAAAUAAAUAUAUAAAUAUAGAGUAAAUGUCAAAAUUGAUUCUGGACAUAUGUCAAUUUUACAAUUUUUAUCUUAGACAUUAUCUUUUGAAUAUUUGCAUCCUAAACAUUUCAACUCAAAUCACAAUUGGUCCUAAACUAACAGUUCCGUUAAUUUUUAAACGGUCAACGUUUUUAACCCGAUUUUAACUAAUUAAUGUGUAUAUUUACUUACUCCCUAAUUAUAUUCUUAAUUAUUUUAAUAAAUUAUCAAAUCCUCCCCUGCCCAAAUCCUCCCUUGCCUUCACCAACGGCGUCAUCAAGCGCCAUGCGCCGCUCCUCCACCACCCUGUCGUCGUCAACUACAAGGAAUGCCUGAAGAACCACGCCGCAGCGCUUGGCGGCCACGCCGUCGACGGAUGUGGUGAGUUCAUGCCCGUCCCGGCCACCGACCCGGCUCUCCCCACUUCGCUAAAAUGCGCAGCGUGUAACUGCCUCCGCAAUUUCCACCGCCGCGAUCCGGAGGAUCCCCCCUCCCACGCGCCUCCCCCCGCCGCCAUGCCGGCGAUUGAGUUCCAGCCGCACCAGCCGCCCCCUCCCCGCAGCGGCUCCAGCCCUUACAAUUCCCCGUCUCCGCCGCCGAUCUGCUCCUCCUACCACCCCUCCGCGCCGCACAUGCUCCUCGCCCUCAGCCACGGCCUCUCCGCGCCGCCCUCCGACGUCAGCCACAACCACACCUCCCCAAUCUCCGGCGGCGGCGGCAACCUCAGAUCCGGCAGCCGCAAGCGUUACCGCACCAAAUUCACCCAAUUCCAAAAGGAGAAAAUGCUGGAAUUCGCAGAGAAAGCCGACUGGAAAAUGCACAAGCGUGACGAAGGCGCCACCAACUCAUUCUGCGGCGAAAUCGGAGUCGAUAAAGGCGUCUUCAAAGUCUGGAUGCACAACAACAAAAACACAUUCGGGAAGAAGGACAACAUCAAUCCCCCACUGCCGCUGAUGCCACAUUUAUCCAACGCCGAAAUCUCAACUCCCUUCCCCGCCGCCGCCAUCGGCAUGAGCUACAGCGACAUGAACGAGGAUCAGCUUAACAGCUUUAAUUGGGGUUAUGACCCAUGUGUUUUAUAUUUUAAAUAAUAAUUUAUUAAAAUAAUUAUGAAUAUAAUUAGGGAAUAAGUAAUCAUACUUCACAGUUUUAAUUGGUCAAAAUCGGGUUAAAAACAUUGAUAGUUAAAAAAUUGACGAAACUAUUAGUUUAGUACUAAUUGUGAUCCGAAUUGAAAUGUUUUGGAUGCAAAAAUUUAAAAGAUAAUGUCUAUGACCAAAAUUGUAAAAUUGACAUAUGUUCAAGACCAAUUUUGGCUUUUACUCAUACAUAUAUGUAAAAGCAUAGCUAGUUUGAGAUUAUGAAAUACACUUGAUUCAUCGCCACUCACUACAAA